GAUAUCAUUCCGCUUUCCAUAGACGUAUAGUUGAUAGUCGAUGAUUGAAAAACAUAAUAAAAUGGCGUCAAACUCAUUCAAGAGGGUUGGAGUUGGCAUUGUGUGAUUUGUGCAUUAAUGAGUGAUAUUUGUAAAGAAUUGUGAAAGGGAUGGAUAACAAAAUAACUUCUACAUCUGUACUUGAACCCGGUAAGAAUAAUUUCAUAGCCCGAGCUUCGCUAUUCUUGUUGAUUUGAACCCGUCUUGUGCUUACACCAUCUUGUUUCUUUUUCAGAACUGUACUUUCUCAUUGCUCGAUUUCUAACCAAUGGACCAUGUAAAAGAGCUGCUAAGGUAAGUUGAUUUCUUUAGACUAGCUACAUAUUUAAUUAAUGCAUUUAUCUAACAGUAUCCAAUUUAUAUUUUCAGGCUCUCUUGGAAGAAUUGGAGGAGUUUAAGGUGAGUAGUCAAGCAUUUUUUAAAUGGUGCAGACUGUAAACAUUUUCACAAAAAUCUAUUAUUUUUCUUUUCAAAUAAACAUUGUACCAAUCAUUAUUACAUAUGUAAAUUAAAUAUUUACAGAAUUGACUUUGUUAUAGUGUACAUCAUGCUCUUGUUAUUAUCAUUAAAUAAAAAUUUUCUUUCAGCUUUUGCCUCAGAGAGUUGACUGGGAGGGUAAUGCACAUUUUAGGAGUUAUGAAAACUUGGUAGGUGAUGAAAAUUGUCAAUACUGAUUUAAAAUGGGAGCAACUUUAAAAUAAUUUAUAAUUAUAAGCAAAUUAAUUACUAUUACUACAUUUAUUUGAUAUAUGUACAUGGGACAAAGAUCUAUAAUUUCUCUGGCUUGUUUUAUUGAAUUAAUAUAUUUGAAAUAUACAAUAUUCAAUAUAAACUGUAAAUAAUUUUGUCUGAAAUUGUACAAAAUAGCAUAUGAGUAUGAGCAGUGACAUCAUGAUUUAGAGCUUCCAGGAGAUCCAAUGGAAUUCAUUUUUACUUAUUUACACAUACCAAUUAUGUUAGAAGUAUUUUGAUUGGUUAAAAGAUUCCUAACUGGGAGAAAAAGAAGGCCAGAUUAUUUUAUGUAGGUCAGGUCAGGCUUAGAAGCUUCUAAAAUUAUAUCAGUGGUAAAUAAAGUAUUAUGAAUUCUUAAAUGCCCAUUUUGAAAAAAUGACAGUAUUACUUCCAAGAUUUUAAACACAAUCAAGCUAAUUGUACAAAAUGUCUAGAAAUGACAUAUAAUAAUAUUUAUAUAACUUUAUAUUAUUUACUGUUUCUUAUUCUUUAAAAUAGUAUUGAGUAACUUUAUACCUACUUAAAGUUAAAGUCCUAUUUAGAUAUGAUCAGUUUUAAAAAAAUAUUGCUGAAAUAUUUUAAGAUUCAUUGAUUUUUAAAUUUGUUUUGUAAUAAUGAUUAUUUUAAACAAAAUUGUACUUUCUUGUAUCUUACCUUUAUACCUAUUCUAUAGCUUCUUACGCUUUUCUUUCUUCUCUCUCUUAUUACUCCAGGUGUAUUUAAACAGACAUAUAAGAAGUGAUCAUUUACUUCAAAUAGUUGAACGAGUUGGAACUCUCCUUGAUAAAGAAAUAAAACCUAGUGUUCCUGGUGUUAAAUCUCUUCUUGGAGCAGGAAGCCUUUCAUUACUAAGGACAGCAGAAGGUAAUUUGUUCAACAUAUGUAAUUGUACAGAUAUACAAUUAUAAAUAAUAGAUACGUUUUUGGAUCUAGGCUAGGUUUAUGAAGUUGCACACUGAUGUGUUUUUAACAAAAAAUAUCAUUUUCCUUAAUGCAUUUAGUAUCAUCCAAUAUAGAUAACUUCAGUAAGAAACUUACAUAUUAGUCUCAAGUUUCCCUUCUGUGAAAUAGGACUACAUUCAAAAUUUUCUUAAUAGUGAGCUUGGCCUUUUUUCCAAAGAAACUAAUGGAGUAGUAUUAAUUUCAGCCUUAAUCGUAUCCAUAAGUAUAAGUUAAGAACAAUUUCUAUGCUUUAUAAAAUGUAUUAUUAUUUAGGUGUUCGUCAAACAAAAUGGAGUCCCUCACAUCAUAUAGUCCGACAACACGGGCUCCCAUUAUUUCCACCUGCCAAUCUAGCAAUACCAGCAGUCCGUAAGUUGAUUUCUUAAUUUUUUUUUUGUGGUUUUGGAGAAUAAUGGUUUGCUUUUUUUUUUUAGCUAUUCUUACAAUGCUAUGUAAAAUCAUAUUUCAUAAGGAUUAUAAGGUUAUUUACUAAGAUUUGUGUGCAUAAAAACUCUUUUUACCAAUUUUUCUUUCAACUUUAUAUUUAUGUUGGUCAUGCUUAUAUUUUUGGUUUAGUUAUCACAUUCAAAUGCUUUGAUGUCUGUGGUUUUACAAAGCUAAUAUUGGUUACACUGUUAGAUCUAAAGUUUUUUUUGUUUUUUUUUAUCUUUAAACAUUCGAAGCAUUACCAAUUAUGUUAAUAUGUGUAGUUAAAUUUUUAACUGAAAGUGUAAAAACGUGUGCAAACUUCUGUUUAAAAGUUUGUCAUUUUUCAAUAAAUAUAAAAUCUUUUGGGAUAUUAACUUUUAUUUUUCAGCACAUGUUCUCAAAGCUUACGAGAUGUCUGGAGUUGUUCGACAUCACAGUGUUGUUCCCACAAGUGUCUUCAACAAAAUUGUGAUGCAUGGCAGGAAGCUUGGUCACCUCUCUGCUGUAUACUGUGUGCUCUUUGACAGAACAGGGAAUUAUAUUUUUACGGUAUUUACUUUUUUGUUUAUUGUUAUUCCAUGUUCUUUUUGUACAUUUUCAAUAGACAUUUUUCAAGGUAAAUUACUUUGAUAGUCUUCUAACAAUUUGUGAAAAGUGUUGGACUGCGAUAAAGCUUUAAAAUAGAUUAAUAAGACACAAACAAAUUGUCUCAAUAGAACAAUAUAAGUUACGCUUUAAUAAUAACUAUACAUUAUACACAAUUAAACGUUUCGGCACAUGCCUUCAUCAGUACAAACAAACAAAACACAUUUAAGUAAGUAUAAAUUAAAUUUACAUGAUAUCAUACAUAUCCUACCUAAAACAGAAAAAAUAUAGGAGAGGGCGCUAAAACCAGACAAAAACAAAGUAAAGAGGAGUAGAAAGGAAGUGAUUUUAACAUAAUUGUAAAAACCAAACAGGAAAAAGACAUGGCAGCUAAGUAAAAUUGUGGAUUUGGUUCAUUCCAUAUGGAGGCAACGUACCAAAUCUAGUUAUUAAUUUGUUCUCCAAAUAGAUUCUAUCUGCAGUGUUACUAGUAUAGAGUAUACCAGUAACUGCAAUGUCUGAGAUACCAUCAUGGUUAGGGCUAUUAAAAUGUUUGGAGACCGGGCAGAGAGCGUGUUUAUUUAUGUUAUAGAGGUGCUCUCUGAUACGGUCCCCAAGGCGACGACCUGUCUCUUCUAUGUAUAGUUUACCGCACUUUUUGCAAAUGAUGGUGUAAAUCACGUUGCGACGUGUGCAGGUAAAGCCAUCUUUUAUUCUGAAUACUUCCAGAGGGAAAGUGAUCUUAUCAGUUUCGAUCACGUAGGGACAUGAGUUACAACGGCUACGGUUGCAACUUUUUGUGCCUUUAUGUGCUUUAAUAGCAGGGAGGUGGCUUCUAACUAGCAUGUCCCUAAGGCUCUUGUCCCGCCGAAAAGCGAAAAGAUGAGGUUUUCUAAAAAUCUCAUUUGUGACAGGGUCCGCCAUCAGAAUUGAGCGGUUUUUCAGAACCAGAGAGAGAGCUUUUAGGUUGUGGGGAUGAAAAGUUAAGAUAAAUUUAGACCUAUCACUAGUGUCAGAAUGAGUAGCUUUAAAAGAAGCCUUCUAGUCAUACCUUUAACUCGAGUGACAGCUGCUUUUAAAAUUUCUUCGGGGUAUAACCUGCGUCGGAAAAAAUCCAACAUUUCAGACAUUCUUUCUCCAAAAUCAUCCUCAUUACUACAUAGUCUUCUGAGUCUCAGCAACUGAGAAAAUGGGAUGGAGUUUUUACACCAUUGAGGAUGGGAUGAUGAAUAUAGCAAAAAGCUAUGGCUGUCUGUGUGUUAAUAAAAAAUGGACAUAGAUAUUUUGUUCUCAUGAAGGUUAAUUUGUAAGUCCAAAAAAUUGAUGGUGCUUUUAUGGAUCAUUGAAGUGAAUUUAAUUGUUGGAUGAAAAUCUCCAAUGAAGUAAAUAAAACUUUCUAGUUGUGUUAUGUCCAUAUUAGUAAUCCCUAUACAGUCAUCUAUGUAUCUUCUGUAGUAUAAUGGGAAAGGACCUUGGUAGUGUUCUCUCCAAAAAUGUUCCAAAUGGCCCAUAAAUAAGCAUGCAAUAACUUGGUCCUAUUUAUGUAGUUACUCAUUCUAAAUUAAGAAACAUGCAAAUGAAAAGAAUUAAAGGAUAUUCAAAGAUAAUUUAAUUAUUAUUAACACUUAUCAUACAAUAUACAGCAUUUUGGAUUAUUAUUAACAUAUUAUUAACAAUUUGUGAUAUUAUGAACAAUACAAAGUUAAAUUAUUUUAAAUAUUUUGAAACUAUGUAGUGGCUGUUUCUAGAAGAGCUUAAUUUGUAAAAAAUGAGACAACCUCUCUCCACCUUUUUGUUGUCUACUGUGCUCUGUUCUUUGUUAUAUUUUCAUUUCUUCUGAAUGAAAAGAAUUAAAGGAUAUUCAAAGAUAAUUUAAUUAUUAACACUUAUCAUACAGUAUACAGCAUUUUGGGAGAAUGUCUCAACUUCAAGUUUAAAGACGUCAUACAUUUAAAACAAAGUUGUUAAAAUAACUGAGUCAUUAACUUUUAUCUCCUAGGGUGCUGAUGAUGCUCUUGUAAAAAUCUGGAGUGUUUAUGACAUGCGGCUUCUGGCAACUUUGCGAGGCCACUCGGCAGAAAUAACAGACAUGGCUGUAUCAUUUGAGAAUACAUAUCUUGCUAGUGGUAGUUGUGAUAAAGUUGUCAGAAUCUGGUGUUUACGAUCUAAAGCACCAGCUGCUGUUUUACAAGCUCAUUCCAGUAUGAUAACAUCUGUACAGGUAUUCUUUGUUUCAUUUAUGUGUGUUGCUUUGUAGGCUAUAAGAAUUUUUAAGAAUUUAAACAAUCUGUUUUCUUUAUUUUUGUUAAACAUUAUGUGAAUACUCAAUCUAAAAGCUAAUGAAUAAAAGUGUGACUAUUUUAUAUUUUUAAAAUGAAUAAAGUUGAAUUCCCUUAAUGUUUUUUAAAAAAAUAAUUUAUGUUAAAAUCAAAAUCAUCUUUGUGUGUAUCCACAUUGAUAAUGGGGAUACUUAUUAAUGGCCACCAAGAAAUAUCAAUUUCUGAAGUCAUUUAAUAAUUCUGUUGAACUCAUUCAAAAUAUGGAUGCUAUUUUUAACAAGUCUAAGCAAUUGUUAAAAGAUAGCAGCUUAUGUCGGAUGGGAUGGUUACCGGAAAUUUGUUGGAAAGAAAUUUUGUUGGUGGAAAAUUGAUAGACAGAAAUUUGAUAGAACGGAAAUUUGGUCGAAUUCUUUUCUCAGUUCACACGAACUGAUUUUGUGUCAAAUUUCUUUUUGAAUACACUAUACUAUAUAGUAAACAAAAUUAUCUUUGCUUUUGUUUCUGGGUGGCUUGCUGGCUGACUGACUGACUGGUUUUGUGGCAAAAUCUUCAGACACAUAAUUUGCCCCCUUUCCUUUAAGCUAUCGAGCUGAAACUUGACACAUAGACUGGUUGCUGAUUACAACUCAUACUAUCAAAUAUUUCCGCCUUAACCCCCAAAAAUCAGUUUUUCAAGGGGAUGAUAAAAUGAAAUUCCCGCACACGGGGGGGGGGGGCACUCAACACAACUAAUUUUGAGAUUCUUAUAAAGUGUGUUACUUGAAUGCAUGUUUUGGUCAAAUUUUCAGCCCCACUCCCAAUUGCUUGAUAUUACAUUUUAUAAAGGAUUUAUAAUUUUUAAAAACGUGGUUUUUAGGUGUUGUUUAUUUAGCUCUACUGUUGUUGGAUUUGACCUCAAUGCUGUAGUUGCUUGAUUGCGCAUGCUCUUUCCAAAAAAUUCCUUCCCAAAUGCCUUGGAAUUUUUUUCUGUUCAGUUUACAUCAACAUGUUUAGGGGUAAGUAAAGUUUAAAAUUAUUUUAUUAAAUUCAAUAAUUAUUUUCAUGUAGUUUUUCUGGCUCUUAAAUUGUUAGAAAGCCAUUUUCAAUGGAAGAAAUCUUUAUCAACUAUAUGUCCGAUGACUAAAAAUAAAAGGGUCUGUCUAUUGACUUUACUUUUAACUAAGUUUACCCUGCUUUUUCCGGCUUUACUGUAAGCCUAAAGAUUAUAAAAAUAAUAAUUCGAAUAAUAGUAAUAAUAGAAGCUAACGGUAUGAGUCUUAACUCUACCCUCUGUUCUAUUAUUAUGAUCAAAGUAGAGGACUUUGAUUUUCAAAUUUAACAUACGAUACUCUACCGCAGUACUUUGUUAACUUAGUAGUAGACCCUUUUUUAAAAUCUACAAUAUUAGAUAUAGCCUUUAAACAAAAAUUAAAGAAUUUUAUUAAAUUAUUUUUUUCAUAUAGUUCACUAAAAUAACAGUGCAACAUUAACACUGAAUGCCACCAUUUCAAUAUUCAUUGUUCAAAAUGUUCUUAAUGAUACCCCUUCUUCCACACUUUGUUUGCUCAGUCCUACGCUACUACAUAGGCUUAUUUUAUUAUCUCUAACAUAUUAAUACUGGUAUAAAUAGAAUAAUAGCCUAUAUGACCCUCUAUGAGCCUAACAGUAAUAGGAUAAUAUAUUCAUUCAUUUUUUUUGGUUUCUAUAUUCAGGGUCUAGAGUUUUAAUAAAAUAAUGCCCAACAGCAACUUUAAUACGGAUGAAUGUUAGAAGAGCAACCAACCUUUAAAUACUGAUGAUGGUUAGGAGAGCAAUCAAGGUUGAACAAGUCAUUACGCUACACUCUACUAGAUUUAUAAAUAUCAAGCUUAUUUGCGAGACAGUCCUCAUGUGCCAUCUGGAGGUGAAAAUGUUUAAGAAAAGGCAAUCAUCUUUAUCACCCACUCCAGGAUUCCACCUAUGGAACUUCUCAGUCAAGCUCUCAAUUUGUGUUCAAAUAUGAAACCCUAAUUACAUAGAUUUUAUAGACACCAAAGUGUGUUUACUCUAACUGUUAAUUUUCCUCGCAAGAAAAAGACAUUGACUCCAUAUUUGAAAAGAUUUUUUCUACUUGUGGUGUCUAAAUACAUGUUCUAGAAUCUCACAGAUACUAGAUUCACUGCUAAACUUUUUCAUGACUUGACUUUGAAAAUCAAUGCAACAAAAUCAUAAAAUCAGUUUUAUAGUAAACUGAUAAAAAAUGUGAGCUAUUGUUAUGAAAUUUAAUAAAUAUAUUCGUGUAUACAGCUUUAUUGGUUAGUUUUUUUUUCGUGUGUUUUUUGUUUUAAUAUUGUAUUUCAUUUUACGAAAUUAUACUUGUUUUCAUAUUACUAAAACACAACAAAAAAAACUUCUUGCGUUGCUACAGUCAUUAAUUUUAGCUUAGAUAUGCCUGUAAGUCAAGCAAGUCGGUGCAGUCAACUUUAUUCUGAUCCUUAAAAAAUAAUUGGGAGCACUAUAUCUUGUCGAAUUUAUUUGUGUUAACUUACAUAAGCAGCUAUGUGGAUUUCCUGGCACAACUUGACCAGCUAAUUGACAAAACUACUCUUUUGGAGCUUGAAACUACGGUUUUGAGACUGAAAACUACCCUGACACUAACCCAGUGGUAAACAGGUCUGGGAUACUACCCGUGAGGGUUGAAUUUUUUACAGACUUUAUGAAUGGCAAUCACUUUUAAUUGUACUCAUUUGAGUGCUGGUACAUUUUGCAAUACUAUAAAGCUUAAUACCAAGAUCUAAGAAAAGCUACCUAAAGCUUUGGAACAUGUUUGUUUUACACAGCCCAUAGUUGGCUAUAUCUUUUUUUUUUUUUUUCAAACGAGGAAACAUACAUAUUUCCUCUUAGUGCAUGAAAAGAGAGUUUAAUUUUAAGAAUAUGAAGCAUUGAGCAUUUGUUCCAAAUAAGAUAUAAUCAUGAAUAUUUUGUCAUUUCAGUUUUGUCCAAAAGCUCAGGGAGACAAUCGAUAUCUCGUGUCCACUGGUAAUGAUGGUUGUGUUUGCUUUUGGCAUUAUAACAUUCACACUAAUAUUUUCAGGUAAGUAGAACAGCCACAAAAUUUAAUAUUUAAUGAUUUAGGGUAGCUACUGUGUUAUUAAUAAAUGUCUUGUAGUUACUUUGUCUGCUUGUAUAUUGUAGCUAACGAUUGCUAAAUCUCCUAUGUUUCUAGUAUGAAACCUACCAAGUUUAUUGAGAAGUCACGUGCUGGUGCGCAGAUGUUGUGUUCAUCAUUUUCCCCUGGAGGAGCUUUCCUUGCCACAGGGAAUUCUGAUCACGUUGUUCGCGUCUACUUCCUGCAUGCCAUUGGCAUUGAAAAAAUCUGUGAACUUGAAGCUCAUGCUGUGAGUUUGACCUUUUAUUAUUUCUUUCUUUAUGUGACAAAAAUAAAGGUAAGAUCAAUGACUGUACUUAUGCUGCAGCUCACUCAAGAUGAUGCCAAGUGUGCUAAGCAAAACGCCUCCAAUAGAAGGGAAAUCUCAGAUUAUGUGUAGAUAUGUAAAUAUGAUAAUUUUUGCUCCAAAAUUGACAAUUGUGAGCCUAUUGUGUCCUAUACCGAUAGUUAAUAUAGAAUUCUACAGUGUAAUAAUAAACCUUUUAACACUACGUGCCAACUUGAAUGUUAAUUACAUUAUCUUAUUUAAUAUACAUUAUGCAUGUUCUUAUUUGAGGGGUGCCUCGGAAUUCUUGGAAAGGCUCAUGUGCAUGAAAUAAAGGUUUCUGAGCUCUGCUUCAAUAAUGAUUUUUAUUGUAGUUUGUAAUAAUCAUCAAUGACAUUCACCAAUAAAUGGGAUCUAUCACUACUCUAAUCUAAGAUAGUGUUUGAUGUAGCACCUAAGUUUUACAUUAAAUUUUUUAUUGCCCCCCAAAGGAUAAGGUAGACAGCAUCUGCUACAGUAACAACUUGAAUAGGUUUGUCAGUGGCAGCAACGAUGGGACAGCAAGAAUCUGGCGCUUUGAGAAACAGGAAUGGAGAGCUACUGUGCUUAACAUGAAUGCAAAAUUAAACAGGUACCAACAUUAUCUUAAAUGAUUCUUUGAAUAUUAAACCCUGUGGAUGAUAACUUGGUUGUAAUCAAGAGUAGGCUAUUAUUUCCUUGAUUACUUUUGAUAUCUGUUUCAAUGCAGCUGCCUGUUUUUUUAGACCCACAAUUUUUUUCUUAAGUAUGUUUUUUAAAAAAAUGGUUGUCAUAGACUGUUUGUCUUUAAAUAACUUUGAAAUUUGACAAAUUUAACUGAAAUUUAAAAAAAAAGAUGUUACUUAUUUAAAAGAUAUUCUACUUUUAUUUUGGAGCUGCUGUCUUAAUAUGUUCAUGGUAAAUGGUUGUCAAGAUUUUGGAUUGCUCUAAUUCACAGCACACCUCAGUCUCUUGAUGUCAGCCGCACUGAAGGAAAAGAACAGUUGCGUGUUACCAUGGUCAGUUGGAGCAUGGAUGAUUUAAUGGUUAUCACUGCAGUCUCUGAUCUUUCUAUUAAAAUUUGGAAUUCUUAUACAGGAACUUUGUUGAAGGUUUUAGAGGUUGGUUGAAAUUAUUCAUUUUACAAACUUUUUUUUUUUGCUUGAUAUUUAUUUAGAGUUAUGUUUCUUUUCUUUAAAGGCACCAAAUGUUUGAACUAACAAAGUUAGAUAUGAUGGUAUCAUUCUUAUUUCUUCCAUGUGUGGAAAGAACUAUCAGAUACUCUAAAUUUUGCAUUUCAAUAAUUAAAUUUAGAGUAUCUGAUAGUUAUUUUAUUAGUUAUUUUGCAUUUCAAUAAUUAAAUAAAAUUGAUGUAUUAGUAUAUACAACAAUUCAUAUAAACAUUUAUGGUAUUUGAGGAAUCUACGUUUUAUUUAUAGGGUCAUGAAGAUGAAGUGUUUGUAUUAGAGGCAUGUCCCACAGAUGCCAGAAUCUUGCUAAGUGCUGGCCAUGAUGGGAAGAUGAUAAUCUGGGACAUAUACACUGGAGCAAAAAUUAAAAAAUUUUACAAUCUGGUCAGUAUAAGAAAUUAAACAAUUAAUAAUUUGUAAAAUUGUUGAGUACUUACCACUAAUUUAAUCAAAUUAUUAAUAAUAAGUAUUCGUCACCUGGACAGUUAUAAGUUUUUAAAAAAAAUAAUUAAUGUAUAUUUUACAGAUUGAAGGUCAAGGACAUGGUGCUGUUUUUGAUUGUAAGUUCUCACCAGAUGGUCAUUCCCUUGCUGCCACAGAUUCUCAUGGGCACCUUUUGCUCAUGGGAUUUGGAACUAAUGAAAGAUGCAAAAAGGUAUGGAUACAUCUCAGUAAUAAAAUAAAUCAUAAGAUCACAGAUGAAAAUUAUUGUCUGCUAUAUAACCAUCCCUUAUCUCUCUGUGCUCACACUAGCCUUGCGCGUCAUUGUGGUCACCUCUGCUAUUUACCAAUCACCAGUAUUUCACAUUUUGUUUAUAUUUAAAAUGAGAAUUGCAUGAUAAAUCCUUGAUCAAAAAUAUAAAACUUAUAAAUUAGAAAUGUGUUGUAUCUACUAUCAUUUUAACCAAGCAUUUAUAUUAAAAUUCAUCUUGUUUCCUCAAUAACAGAUUCCACAGCAGAUGUUCUUCCAUACUGACUACAGGCCACUUAUGCGGGAUGCCAAUAACUAUGUUCUUGAUGAGCAGACACAGCAGCAACCACACCUUAUGCCUCCUCCAUUCCUUGUAGAUAUAGAUGGUAAUCCUUACCCAUCAGCACUCCAGCGUUUAGUACCAGGGCGAGAACAUUGCAAUGAAUCCAGCUUAGUUCCACAUAUGGCUGUCAAUGCACAUGGUUAGUAUUAGAUGGUCAGUUGGUUUGUGUGAGCAUUAAAUUAAUAAGUGUGAAAAGACAACUGCAGUGGUCUAAUUUUUCAGUCAGGAAGCUGUUUAAAAUGUUUAAAGAAAUAAAAUAUUUGAUAGAUUUGUUUUUUGUUGUCAAAUAUUUAUUCUGUCAAUGUACCUGAAUAGUAAACAUCAACUGUCUGUGAGCUUUUUUAAACUGUUAGGAAGUUUUUGCACUCCAUGCCUAACAACAAAUAGCUCCUGUGUCUAUAUUAAAUUGGAAGAUAAAGGAGUAAAGGAUUAUCUUUAGAACAUGUAACCUUCUAAUUUGCAGGUGAGUCAGAAGUCAUUGGUGACAUAGAUAAUGAAGCAAGACCUACUGAAGCUGUGGUCCACCAGGAAGAAGAUUCUGAGACAGAAGAUGAGCGGGAGGCCCAACCAGCUGUAGUUGGUAGGGGCAGAGCCAGCCGAGAGGCUAGGCCAAGUAUAGAUGUUAUGAUUGAAGAGUUACAGAGGCAGCAAGACCAAAGAUUGCGGAGGGAACCUGGAAGCAGUCGAAAUAGAGGGGAGCAAGUGAUGUCCCCACCACCACUGGCAUCUCCACCGACCCCAAGAUCUCAUGUGCAGAGUGAGUUUCCUCAAUUUUAAGAAAUUUACAUUCAAAACAAUGAAUUCAGAAUCUGAGUGUUCAUUUAAUUAAAAAUCUAAAUGUCGACCCGCUUUUUUAUUUUUUUUUUUAUUUUAACAAUGCAGCACACAGGUAGAGUUCAAAAAAAUUCUUUAGAAUAAAGUUCUGGCAAGAAGAAAUUUUAUGAAGUGUUUGCAAAAACCAUUCUGAAUUAUUAGCAUUGGAAAUUUUUUUUAAAAUUGCCUGUUUUGAAAGAACUAAUAAAAAGUUGAUUCAAAUCUUCUUCUUGUAAAGAGCAUUGAUAGUAAAGAGGUGGAGUUCUCCCUUGAACCAUAUCUUUAAAUUCGUAAAAGCUUUAUAAAUAUUUUAUUUUAAAGGUUGUGUUUUUUUUCACCACCUAUCUUAGCUGUUUAUCUGAGGUUUUUAUAAUCAAAAGUUUACAUAAAAUUGUAUUUGAUAUUUAAGAUUAAAUUAACUUUGAUUUAUCAUUUUAACCCUGUUUUUCUAUUAAUGUUUGUUCUGAUAUUAAGGUGUUUUUGUGUCUGCUGAUUUUAUUAAGUCUUUUCCAAUUGAACUCCAGGGAUGAUAUUAUAGAUUUUAAUAAGCUGUCAGGAUUUUAAAAAAUGGAUGAUUGUUGUUCGUUUGGUAUAAUCGUAACAUUGUAAGUGAAAUUAUAAACAUUUUAUCAUCAGAUCGAAUAGGCAUGCGCCGCAGUGGAGAGAUAGAAGGCGUUAGGCAGUCUUUGGGAAAUGUUUCACUACGCUCCACCAAAAAAGAGAGAGAUGCAGCCAGGAGACAGGUCACUGUGAGACCUCUGGAUCUAGAAACAUUGAGGUAUUCAUCUGUCAUUUGUUUGGUAUAAUUAAUUUUGAUUUACUAAGAUGUUUCAGUUUACUUUAUCUUCUAUUUUAAAUAAAAUAUUUUGGACACUAGCAAAUAGGUAAUUAUUCCUGUUCAUAACUUUAUUUCCCUAUUAUUUCAUGAAGUCUGUCUCAUUAAUUUUUUACUGCAGGGCUUCAGAAGAAAAGAGGUCUGCUUUUACAGAAGAAGAAAUUAGAAAAUUUGUUACUGAAAGAAAAAAGAAACUCCUAUCACCUCAUGAUGUGAGUUAGUUUAGCUCUUCGUAUCAGUUUAUUUGUACAUCUUCUACUCUAGCUUUGUAUCAGCUUUUUAACAUUAUACCUGUACAGUAAUUGCUUUCACAACAAUCAAGCAGUUCAUACAGUAGUGAAUAACCCAAAGUGUUAAAUCUGCACUUAAUUAUUACAGCAAAAAUGAAGAUGGGUGAGAUCUUCAAUAUUACAAAAUUUAUAAUUAUUAUUGUUUGUAUAUCCUUCCACGACUCAGAUAUCCACCGCAAGCGUUCUAGUCAAUAAAAAGCGUGGUCAGAAGCCCAAGAAGGCAGCAAGUGGAGAUGGAAAUAGGCUUGAUGACAUUCCUGAAAAUGUGGAGACGGCAAGAAACAGGCUCACCACCAGAGCUUUGUAUGACACAGAGGAGGUUAGCAAGUUAAACUUUCCAAAGCUUCAUUUAUUUUAUUUUAAAUAAAAAGUUUCCCAUUGUAUAAUAACAUUAAAUUUAAUAACAUCUUUAAAAUUUUCUGUUUAAAAAAAAAAAAAAUUUUUUGUGAGAAUUAACAACCAUGUUUAAAGAGCAUGGCACUUCAAUUCAGUAUUUAAAAAGGCAAUAUUCUCUUUAUUUGAUUGUAUAGAAGAAAAUAAUUGGGACCAUAACAAAGUCAAGAUGUGUAUUUAGAUUAAGAUCUUAGAUGUUAUUUGAAAAUUUUAUAAAAUUAUAAUUCAGUUAAUAUUUUCUAUAUCUUUAGGAAGAUGAAGAUGAUGAAUCUGACUUAUGGGAUAGGUAAGAGCCAAUUACAGAUUAUGGAUAUUUAAAACAAAAUAUACAUAAUAUACAUAUGUAUUUAUGUCAAAGAAAAACAGCAGAUUUUUUUAAUGGGGUUUUAAUGUUUAAUAAAAAGAUUGACCAUUGGUUUGUAAGGAUAUUUUGUGGAAAAAAAUUGAAUCGCUUUAAAUAUACAUGCCAAAAAUUUGUGCUAAUUUUGAAAAAUCAGUUGUAUCCUCUUUGUCUCCACUAAUUAUAUAUUCCAGAGAAAGCUUAUUUGUUUCAUAUUCCUAUUAGUGACAACAGUAGCAGUGAUUACUCUGACUGGGUUGGGGAUCAAGGGAGCAGUAAUUUAGAACCACCAAAAAGGAGGUCCCAGCGAAAACCCAAAAGGAGACGACUUUCCUCAACAGAUGAGGAUGACAACAUAGAUGAGGUUGUUGAUGCAGACGAGGAGGAAAUGGACACAGAAGACACCACUUCAGAAGAUAGUAGUGAUGCUGAUAAAGAGGACACUAAUGAACCUACCACUUCCACUAAAAGAGAAUCCAAGCGGUUUGCAGCCAGCAAGAAAACCUUUAAAAAGAAGCAACAAAAACCGGAGAGGGUAAUUUUGUUUACAAUAAUCAAAAGCUAACAACAAAUAAAUUAAAUGAAAUACAAUAUUGAAAAAGUAGGUAUAUUUAAAUGCAUAUGAGUUUGCAGUCUUAAAUAUUGGUUUUUAUAUUUUUAUUAACAUAUAUUUUUGUGACUUUUACAAAAAUAAUUAGAUCUAUUAUAAUUUGUUUCUUUAUACAAGUUUUAAAAAUGUUUAAAUCUGCAGAGGAAAAAACCCCGUCAUUUGCCUACUGACCCGAACCUGAAACCAAUAACAGAGUUAGAUGAGAAAAUGAGACCACCUGAGUGGAUCACAACAGUGAUUCCCCGCAAAGCUCCAUUUGUGCCACAGAUGGGGGACGAGGUUGUGUACUUCCGACAAGGACAUGAGCAAUAUCUUCAUGCUGUUCUAAGAAAAGAAGUGUACAAAGUUAACAUAGACAAGAAUCAGCCCUGGCACAAAAUACCUAUUCUGAGGGUAACUUGAUAUUCAUUAUUUAUUUUCCAGAAAGACUAUUGGAUAUUUAAUUCUCUGACUUCUUAUCUGUGCAACUUGUAUGGGUGGGGAUGUUUUACUUCUAAUGUGCAUUAAUUAACCAGACACUUUGAAUUUAAAGUUUUUGCAAUGACUGUUAAACAUCUGUGUGUGGAAAGCAUUUAUUUUUGUUAAACUUGGAAUAUUGUAAAUUUUGUAAUCCAUAAUUAUUUUCUUAGGCCCAUGAACUUGUGAAGAUUGUUGGCAUCAAGUGGUUAAUGAAACCUACUCGACUUUGCUGUCUGAAGCUUGCAUUUAUGGACCCUAACUCGGGGAAGCUCACAGGGAAAAGUUUUACCAUCAAGUAGGUUAUUCUUGAACUUAAUGCAAUUAUUUAUGAAAAAUAAGGCUAACAACACAACUAAACAUCUUUUGGUGUUUUUUUGUGUGGUCUAGUUAAAAAAAAAAGGAUUUAAGUUAUGUGGUUUCUUUUAAGCUAGUUUAUUUGAGAUAAAUAAUGGUUUGAUGAGCUCCAUAUAUAAUGAUCUUGUAGGUACCACGACAUGCCAGAUGUAAUAGACUUCUUAGUCCUCAAGCAACACUAUGAUAUAUCUGUAGAGCGAGGCUGGAGAACAGGUAAUUUCACACUGAAAAAUUAUUAAUUUAAAUAUUAAAUUUUAAAAACCAAACAGGAAAAGGACAUGACGGCUAUGUUUGGUUUUUUAAAUUUUAUUUCCACUCACUCCCUUUCCGUACUUCUUAACUUUGUUUUGUCUGAGUUUGCACCCACUCUUAUUCUUUUCUAUUUUUUAGGUAGGAUACAUGUAAAUAUAUAUUAUGUAAAUUUAAUUUAUACUUAUUUAAAUGUUUUGUUUUUUGUACUGAAGAAGACAUUUGCCGAAACAUUUACUUUUGUAUUUUGUAAAAUCAUCUUUAAAGCUGAACAUAUAUUGUUUUAUUUACAAAAAUUGUUUGUGUCUAAUUAAUUAACCAAUCAAUUAAAUUAUACAAAUUAAAUAUCUUAUUUUUUCAAAGGAUAAUUGACUUUGUUUUUAGAAAGCUGACCUUUAAAAUUUAGGAUUAGUAAUUCUACUAAACAAUUUUCAACAGGCACAAGAUUCCGGUCUAUGAUAGAUGACCAAUGGUGGAUGGGUGCCAUUAAGUCUCAAGAACCACUUAGUCCAGAUUAUCCAGACAGUUUAUAUCAGUGUUUUAAUGUGCAGUAAGUUUCAUUUGAAAGUUUAUUGUUUCAAAUGUGUUGCUUCAGCUGAGUUACACUGUGCCUUUUAUUGGAGGUUAAUGUUGUUUUAAUAAUAUUGCUGAAAUUUAUCAAACUACCGUACGUUUAAAUGCCUAUAGUACAUACUAAGUAAAUAGUUAACUGUGUUUGACAACAGUAUUUGAUGACUCCUCUAGGUGGGACAAUGGAGAACAUGAGAAACUCAGUCCAUGGGACAUGGAGCCAAUCGAUCCCAAACGUAAAUACUUUUUCAUGUUUGAUUUAAUGGUAGUCUUUUUUUUUUUUCCCCCAUUUCCCCCAUUUUCAUAUUUUUAAUUAGGUAGAAGAUUUGAAGUUAAAAUUGUAUGUGCUUAUAUAAAUAUACAAAAAAAAUUGAAUAAAUGACAGGUGGUGUAAUUGAUUUUCUGGACAAAUAAUUCUUUUUAAUAUUUUUAUUAUACUUGCAUACAAAUUGCAUUAUAGAAUGCCUAUUUCAAUUCCUGCAGGAAAGCCAGCUGUUGUUGGUGGAGGUGUUGGAGUGACGCAAGAUGAAUACAAGUCUCUCCUUUAUGUGCCUAAGAAAACUGAAUGGCCAUCUUGUGGUAGAGAGGCAGAGUCACAACGGCUAAUAAGAGGUCUUGAAAGCCUGAUGCAGCAUUCUGUUGCUGAGCCAUUCAUUGCACCUGUAGAUCUGCAGCAAUUUCCUACCUAUGCUUGCUUUGUUCCAUACCCUAUCGAUCUAAGUACUAUCAGAACAAGGCUGGAGAAUGGAUUUUACAGGUAAGAAUCAAAUAUUCCUCUGAAUGACCCACAUUUUUAAAAUCAAAUUUUUUCAUUAUCCUGCUUGUUUGUAUUUUUAAAUGGCCUAGUUUGCAUUAUAACUGCAGAACUUCUUAAAAAACCUGUUAAAACCACAAUGCUACAUAUAGCUAUAAAACCACAGUUUUAAAUAUAGCUAUAAAACUCCAGUGCUAAAUACAGGUUUUAAACUACAGCACUUAAAGCUGUCCAUAUCAUGGAUUUUCUUCACAUUUGACCUUCACUCAUUCAUUUAUUUAGAACUUUCAAAAUACAUUAUUUGUUUCUUACAUCUAUCAGAGGAGCUGAAUAUUAACCACCAGUUUAAUAAUAUAGGCAGUCAUUUUUUAGUUUUUAUUUUCUAUGGUCCUUUUGUUUUUGUUCUAAUAUAUUAAUUUUUUAAAAUUUACUUAGACGUGUGACUGCACUUCAAUGGGAUGUCAGGCUCAUCUCCGCUAAUGCCAGCAUAUUCAAUCAAACAGGAAGCAGCAUAGUUAAAAAUGCUACUGCCUUGUGUGAGACUCUGCUCAGGUUCAUCAAGUAAGGCUCUAUUAAAUAACUUUCCCAAGGCUUUAUAUCAGAAGUUGGGAAUAGUUGAAAAAUCUAUACAGCCGCAGCUAUUCCAACAAUUCUUAUGUGAGCUUGCCCAUAAACAUGAUGUACUGACAGGAUCAUUGAAUAUUAAUAUUUAUAGCUUCAUAGUUAAUUCUAUGAUUAAUGAGAUACAAAAAAUUUGUGUAAAUAGAAAGUAUAAUACAAAAAAAUUGUGUAAAUAGAAAGUACAUGUUAGCUUAAAUUAUCAUAUGACAAAAUACAUAUUCAAACAUUUCUGCUAUUGCCUUUAUCAGUACAGCAAAUAACAUUAUAGUAAAGAAAAUUUCACACAAUAUAUUAAUCUAAUUAAAAGCAUUAUCACAGUCCAAACCUCUUGUAAUUUAGUUUCCUGAUUUUAAUCUGCUUAAAAGCUUAUCUGAGUCCAAACCUCUUAUAAUUAGUUAAUGGAUAUUAUGAGCAUUCAUAUUAAAGAUUUACUUUGAAAGAUUUUAAAUCUGAAUAAAAUUUUAUCGCAGUCCAACCCUCUUUUUUUACUCAGGGAUCAUGGAUGUCAAGAUCCCCUUCCCAUCCUAACAGAACUGGCGCACAGUGACCUUAAAACAGGCUCCAGUGAUGAUGAAAGUCAACCAGGGUCAUCAGGAGGGACAACAUCAAAGGUAAUUUUAACACUCUGUCAUCACAUAAGCAAAAAAAAAGUUUAGUGGUGUUUUUAAAGCAUUAAAUGCUUAUUUCUUUUGAAUAUUGUCAAUUAAGGAUUUACAUUUUUUUUUUAACAUUAUAUAUGUGACUGUUUUUAAUUAUCAAGCUAUCAUGAAUGUUAACAUUUAUUUGAUGUGUAGUAAAUUAAAACUGAAGGAACCGUAUUUUAUGAGUACAUAAUUGCGGGUAUAGUGUGUUCAAACAUCACAAGUUUGAUUAAUAAAUAACUAUAACCUUUUAAAAAAAAAUGUCCACUUAUGUGAAAGUGAUUGUUUUAGUUUGAGCUGGGUAGUUUGAAUCCCUUAAUAACAAUGUGUAUACUUAUUCCUACAGAGACAGAGCAGUCCAAGUCGUAAGCAGAAAAACAAGCCAAAUCCUAAGGCCUGGUUAGAACAUAGUGAAUCACUCCUGGCUAUGUUGUUUGAGUGUGAAGAUUCAGAACCAUUCCGUCUACCAGUAAAUCCAGCUCUCUAUCCUGUAAGUAUGAUUGUGUGUAAGAUUGGAUAUCUUGACAAUUAAUUUUUUUUUAAACCUGCUGGUAAAUGCUUUUACAUUCAUAACAUUACGAGUCAUUUUUUUAACUUGAAGAUAAAAUUAAACUCAACAGGAACUGAUAGAUUAAGGCUAACUUUCUUAACCUAUUCCCCAGGAUUAUGAGGAUGUAGUGACAAAUCCAAUGGACCUGACAACUGUACAUACGAAAUUAGCUACUGGUCACUAUGGCAACCCAGUAGAUAUGUGUCGUGAUAUCCGUCUCAUCUUCCAGAAUUCCAAACUGUAUAAUACAAAUAAACGCUCAAGGGUAGGUUGAAAAAAAAAAAUCUUAUCUGUGCUCAAAUGAAUUAAGUACCAUUGAUAAAAAAUAUAUGCAAUUUAGAAAAAUUCACAUUUUAAAUUGGUGUGUAGCAUUUUUUAAUUAAAGGUGAAAAUAUAAUCAUCUGAAAAAAUCUCCUCUCUUUAGAUAUAUUCCAUGACCCUUCGUCUUUCUGCCUUGUUUGAGGCACAAAUUAUUGAAAUAAUUAACAAUUGGAAAGCUGCUUGUAAAGCCUCAGGUCGUGUUCCGAAGCAAGCUCAGUAAGUCAUUUCAGUUGUUGACAUUAAUGUAGAAAUAUAUCACCAAUAGAUUGUAGAUUAGGAAACCAAGAUACAAAGUUUAGCCAAAUAAAGAUGUCCUAAAAUUUCUUUAAAAACAAUAGGCAUUGCUUAAUCUAUAUUAUAAUAUGAGGCAAGUUUUUAACAAAGUAAAUGUUUUCAUCCAUUUAAAUUCUCAUCACACAGAAGAUUUAACAAAACAACUGAAUUACUUGGAUUGUUUAAUUUUAUAAAAGUGGAUCCAUGUCAUUGUUUUACUUACAUUAUCUUUUCUGUGUGGGAUACAGUUCUAGAAGAUUAUAGCUCUUUAUUGACUGGUUUAACUUAUACAUUUAUGUUGUAUUUAACAAAACUUUCAGCAGCUCAAAACAUUCAUCCACUCCUAAACCAUACACCUCAUGGGAUAUUUUAACUUCUGGUAUGCCAGACCCUGGUCAACCGUCUACCUCAGGGCAGUCACUGCAAAUUAGUAGACUCUCAAUAAAUGUUCAAAGUAAUGGACAUGCGACAGGUAAGAGUUUAAACUUUUUAUUGGAAUUACUUUCGUAGUUUUUUUUUUGUUUUUUUUCUCCUUUAACUUACCGCAUAUACUCGUUCAUAAGCCGACCCCUUUAGUUUUCGCCUGGAAAAGCCUGAAAAGCGUAACUCGCUCAUAAACUGACCUCAUGCCAGUGGAAGCAAUAUGGUACAAAAUAAAAAAAUUUUUGAACUAAAAAGACUUAAAAACUAAUACACAUACAAUAUUAUGUAUAGCACAGAUACUCACUUUGCAUGACUACCAGUAAUUACAAUAACCAUACAAAUAGAUGACGACAGCUUGGAAAGAAAUCCAUUGUCGCCUUGUCUUUAUGCAUGCCUAUAUUCUGCUAUAAAUAUCAACUAACAACUUUGUCUAAGUGCAGAAUACCUCCGUAUGCUCAUAUUAAAUAUAGGUCACAAGCUGUUUUAUGCUAUGUGGUAAACAUUGCAGAAAGCGAGUCAAUUGAAGGUAAUUGUUAAAACAAAACUUUAUUUCAUUCCAAGAAGAAAAUAAACCAUAUAGAAACAAUAGUCAUCUGGUAAUAUAUUCUCAAAUCUUGCAGAAUAGAACCUCAGUUGGGUGGACCGGAAUCUAUGUAAAUUCCGAGUUUAUUCUAACUAGGCCAUCUCUAUGAGCCCUUAGAUCAUUCCAUCGUUAUCAUGCAGGCAAGAUGUCUGGUUUUGAUUGUAUUAUAGUUAAUGUUUCUCUUGACAAUAUGCAUAUGACAGGGGCCAGCCAGGCAUCAAAGGUUACAACCACCAAUGGUGACGCUGAUGAUUCAGAUGCUACCAUUGUUGAUAAUGAAGAUAAAAAAGAUGAUGAAUGUGACACAGAAAUCUGUGAAGAUGAAGCCAACGGACGUAUUACCAACUCAGACAAUGAUGACAGCUAUGAUGAAGUUGGUGAUGAUGAUGAUAAGGACAAUGAUUACAGGCCAAACAGUCAAUGCUUUAAGAAUUCAACAAAGUACUCGUCCAGGGGUAAGAUUUUCUAUUAUUCGUUCCAUAUGGAUGUUGUGCUACUUCCUUACUUAUUCAAUAUUCCCGAACAAAGGGAAGUAAUUUCUUUACGUUGAUUUACGUUCAUAAAAUAUUUUUUUAGCUGCUUAAGUUUAAUCAAUUUUUUUUCAAUUUUUUUUAAAAUGGACAUGUGCAUUCAGAAAUAAAUUGGGUUUAAUAAAAAGUAUAAAAUUAACGGCUAAAAAAAAUUUACUUGUGGCACCUCCGGCAAACUUGUGCUAGAUACAAACAUGCCAUACUAAAGGCACAUAGAUUGAAAUUAAAUAAGAUAAAAACUCCAGUUUUCUUAUUAAAAAUCAUACCACAAGGAAAUGUGUUACUACAGCUUGCAUACUUAUCUGAUUAAUUAUCUCUAAUGACACAUAAAUUGCUAUCAAAUUCAUCAUCUGAUUCAAUUCAAUUUUUUACCAAAUUGCUAUUGAUUGAUGCAAAAAAACCUCAAAAUUUGACAAAAAUCUGACCAAGGCAAGCUUUUUUCAUUUUAAAGUUAUCUAUCCAUUUAGGAAGUAAGUAAACAUUGAAGGGGAGAGUAUACAUGAAUUUUCUUGUCAUAUAAUAUUAUGUAAUAGACGCUGAUCAUUUGUAUAUAAAAUGUUUUAAAAUGUGUCACCAGACUGACCUGCUCCAAAAUGUCAGUUCUCUUGAUGAAAUUUUGGUUUGAUUUGCUCUCAAAGCUUCAAUAAAAAAAUACCAAUGUCAAGUGUGAGAAAAAAUGCUUUUUUAUUCUUAGGGAGAUCUUCCAAGAGAGGCAAAGGAAAAUCCACAAGACCUUUGCCUGCUCGAUCAGCUAGUGAGCGUCUAAAAAAGACCAAUAUCUUUUACACAUCUGAUGGGAACAGUGAGGAAGAUGACCUGUCAGAGGAAGACGAUGAUGAAGAAAAAGUGACAUUCAGAGGUGGCAGGACUAAAAUGAACAAUAAGCUGCCUGAUGAUUCUGACUGUAGCCAGUCCAGUGACAGCAACAGUCGACAUGCAACGAGGAGGAGAAGACCCCCGAAGGCUAGGCUCAAGGACAAGAGAAACAAAAAAUCAACCAGAACAAAGCAUCCCUCCAAAAAAUACUCGUCUGAAAAUGAAACCCCCACCCACAGAAAAGCCCGUAGCACAAGAUCAAGGAAAAGUGUUUUUAAUUCUGAUGAGGAUGAUGAGCUGGGCAGUGGUGAAGACAAGAAAGUUGCCACAAGUGCCUUAUCUCGUCCGACGAGGUCAGCAAGAUUGCAAAAGAAGUAUUACAACGAAGCUGAUUCUGAUGCACCAGAGGAAGAUGAUGCGGACAAUGAUAAGGAUGCAGAGGUUGAUGAAGAGGAUUCUAAAGAUGUGUCUGAAUCAGACGAAGAGUCCUCUUCAGCUGUUGACGAUGCUACAGAUGAUGAACUCAUUAGUGCAACUUUGAAAAAUGGGGUUCUCAAACCAUCAAAGUCCAAAAGCUCGACCCCUUUUAAGCACUCUCAGAAACGCUCCAAAACGUUACUUGAGGAUGACUCCGAUAGCGAACCAGAUCUCCCUAAGCGAAAGCGCUCGCGAACCUCUCCCACCAAUAAGCCUUACAAAAAGCCUUCUCUGGUGGGAAAAUCUAAAUCUUCCAUUAGAAAAAACGGUAAAGGCGGUUUGGGUCGGCAGACAAGGAACAGGGGUCAACAACGGGUCACUUACCUGGAGGACUGUUCUGAUGACUACGAGGAAGAAGAUAGCAGGAUCAAAGUUAAUCCCACUGAAGAUCACACGGACACUGACAGUGAUUCUUCCACGCCUUAUUCCAGGAGCGUCAGCAGUAGAGGCAGAGUAAGGAAAUUGACUGCACGUGCCAAAGCUAGUCUCAAAGGCCACUAGUUUUGACACUUCACUCAGUGUCCAGGGAAAGCUUUGGGACUUGUGUAUUUUCUGACGGAGGAGAGUGCCAUGUGAUAGCGGUUCAUAAUUACAAGGAUUUAUUUUGGUGGUAUCCAUUUUACCUACUGGGUCAACAUGAGGAAUUAGGAAUUCUGUGGGAAGAUUUAGAACUUAAGAUAAAUGUCAAAGGUAAAGACUUUCUUUAUUUAUGAACUUCUGCCCAUCAUUCAUUGAUGUUCAGUAUUUAAUAUAUUUUAAAAGAUAUUAUUCCCCUGCACGAAAUUUACAAUGUUUUUUUUAAAAACUUAAGAAAAUGUUGCGUUGUUG